AAAAAAUUAAACCAUAAAACAUUGCUUCGAUCGCAUAGCUGUCAAGAUUUGAAUAGAUUUUUUGUAGAAACUAUGUUACAAUAAUAAAAGAUAAAUUCACGUGCAGAGCAUAUAUUUUUUAGAGAUGCAAUGGGUUUUUGAAUAUUUAUUAAAGAAGGAAAAGAUUAAUGUUUUUUAAAAAGAUAUAAACAGAAUGGAUUACGAAUCAGCGAUUAUGUUAGAGCUGCAGAGCAAAGUUCCACGCCCGACUCAACCAAAGAAGCACAGACGUGUCAUGUGUGUUGGAAUGUGUGUUCUGGAUCUUAUACAUAUAUGUAAAGAAUUCCCACAAGAAGACACUGACAAAAAUUGCGAGGAAGGUUAUUUACAGCGUGGCGGUAAUGCGUCGAAUAAUUGUACCGUGCUACGACUUUUGGGUUGCGACUGUGACUUUCUUGGUAUGUUGAGUGAUGGGCCGCAUUUCAAAGUACUAAUUGAAGAUUGUAUAAAACGUAAGAUUGGCAUCACUUACUGUCCACACACGCCAAAAGAGCCGCCCUUCUCAUCUGUAAUCUUAGUACGAGACACGCGGACUAUUAUACACUCGAAUUCAGAUUUCCCUAUGCUGACGCACGAACAUUUCAAAGCUGUAAAUUUGGAUGAAUUUUCAUGGGUACAUUUUGAAGCUCGUAAUGUUAAAGACACAGUCAACAUGCUGCGCGAUAUUCACGAAUAUAAUAAAUCGGCUGCGUACAGAAUUAUGUUAUCGGUGGAAUUUGAAAGACUGUGUGAAGAGAAUCUAUCGUUAGGAAACUGGGUUGAUUAUAUAUUUCUAUCGAAAGAUUUUGCAAUAUACUUGGGUUGGACAAAUCCACGAGAUGCAGUCUUUUCAUUAAGAGAAAAGUUAAUAUUAAUAACGGAAAGGAAUUACACCAAAUGUUCCAUAAUUUGUCCAUGGGGUGCCUGCGGUGUUAGUGUAUUGGAUACUGUGGAUAAAUACUAUCAUAUACCAGCCACAAAGCCUGAUAACAUUAUCGAUACUUUAGGAGCUGGAGAUACUUUUCUAGCAGCCACAAUCUAUGCACUACACCAUAUGGAUCUCACUUUAACUGAUGCGGUCAUCUUUGGAAAUAACUGUGCUGGCUAUAAGUUGGGCCAUAGAGGGUAUGAUGCUAUUAAUGAGUUUAAUCCGGUAGACGCUAGCUCUCAGAAUGAUCCAAAACUACCAGAAGGUGAAAAUGAAGACGUCUGUUUGAGUGCAUUAAAGUCAUAACUACGUGCAUUACUAAUCAGUAAUAAAAGCCACACCACCUAAACUCUUCCUGACAUAAGAAAAAAACAUUAACUUCUAAUAUAAUUCAUUGCGCAUAAAUUAUUGAGUAGUAUAUUUUUAAUAGAACAUUUAUAGAAACAAAAAAUGUUUGCUUUUUUACAACAAAAUUCUUGUAAAUUACAAUUCUGACAAAUUCAUAAUAAAACAUCAAACCCAUA